AUGGCGCAUAAUCUGGAAUCGGAGCAGCACAAGCGGAAACGCAAUGACGACGAUAGUGGCGGCCAAUCCGGUCACUCAGAGCGCAUUCCACAACCUCCACCUCCGCAGUCAGGCAACGCAGUGCCUAUCAAUUACUUGUCCAAAGUCAAUGCCGCGAAACUCAAAUUGAUACAGGGUGAUGGGGACACCUUCUCAGAUGUUUUGUCCCUUAUAAAUGAUUAUGAAGGUGUAUUGACCCGCCAUGAAAGUCUCGCAUCGAAUCUUGGGGCCAAGCUCACUGGUCCUCGUCUGCUGAAAGCGAUGGAAGGAGUGUUCGAGGGCUCCAUCAUCACCAUUCCUUCUCAGACAAUGUUCACCACCGAUCCGGUGACUUGGCUAGACAUCGUCGAAUUCGCCAAGUCCAACCCUGGAGACUUCACCUUGACGACGGGAUCCAAUGGCGCGCGGAGUUGUCAAUUUCCUUUGAAAGGUGUCCAGGUUGAGAUCGGCGAAGACGACUGGCGGCUGAUUAUGUCGGGUGCUUUGGACCGCUUCAGACUUGUCCCGCCCCAGCCACUCGAAGAGGAUGAGUCGGCAGAGCUCGCAACGCUCGAGAUUUUAGAGCAACGGUUGCAAGUACUAAUCAAAAGGGCGGAUGAAGUUGCUCGUAAGGCUAGACAGCUUAACUAUCAUUUAAGUGGUCGAAGGGCAGCCAUCAACGGCAGAAGGUCAACGCAACAGCCAUCUAGUUCAGGUUCUGGAUUCCAAGCUGUGAACCAGCCUGGUCGUUCUAGCGGCGCCAACCUUGGUUACGACUUACAUGCCGAUCUACUCCAACAAUUCAUCGCAAAUACCUUAUCGGCAAAUCACCGAUUGCCGUCCAUCAGCUCUGUGCCCCCCACCCCAGGCACGCUGGCGACUGCGUCGUCUACCCCCCGAACUUCUAUUCAACAACAAGUGCUCACUUCAAUGAGCAAUCGUCCGUCACCCAGCUACCACCCAGAACCGGCAUACCGGGAUGCUGAAGAGGAGCACCGAGCACUAGUCCUGGUAAAGGUAGAGAAGCUUGCGCGAGGAGACAUCAUCAACCCUCCCUGUGAUAGAUGUCGGCGGCUCAAGACAAACUGCAUCAAGCACCUUACGGCGUGCCAGGGGUGCACCAAGAAGCACGCGAGAUGUAACUGGAAAGGACUUACCGAAGAAGAAGUUGUAAUUCUGAAGAGGGAUGUCGGUGAUGCUGAUGAUGAC